CGGCUUUGAGAUUCUUUUAUACGUUUCAAGGCGGUAAUAAACCAAUUUAUUUGUGUAGAAGUAUCGAUGUGGUGGCUCAUGAAGCAGGUCACGCUUUCUUGGAUACCUUGCAACCUGAUUGGCAAGCUAAUGGACAAACUGGCGCUUUCCAUGAAGCUUUUGGUGAUUUAUGUAGUUUAUUUGUCCUCAUCUCCAUGGCGGAAAUUGCGGAUUUAUUAAUCACUACGACAAAAGCGAAUUUAAGAGCCCCAGAUAAUUUCUUAUCGGCAAUCGGUGAAGAAUUUGGUGAUGCGUUGCACAAAAAUAAAGGAAAAGGGUUAAGGAAUUUAUCCAACACGUUUAAAGGUUCUGAAGUUGGAUCUGAAGUACAUGAUUUAUCGAUGGUUUUUAGCGGAUUCUAUUAUGAUGUAUUGGCUGAUGUAUUCGCAUUGGAAAGAGAUCCAACCGUUAGGGGUGAUACUGAAACGUUAAUGACCGUUGGAGCUCACUUACGAAGAGUCCUCAUAAUUGCAAUACGUGUUUCCUCUCAUCAACCAACGCGAACAAAAUUCCAGGAGAUUGCAACUAAUUUGGAUAUCGCAAUUGGUACUUUAAGCAGAAAAUUAGGAGUGGAUUUAACCAGUUGGAGACAAAUCGUACAGAAACAUGCAAAAGCAAGAGAAUUAUCAAUUGCUGGAAGACGACAUUUUUAA